CCGAUUUACUCUGAGCAGAAGGGGAAGAGCAGACAGUAGAGCUCAUCACUGAGAGAGCCGAUCUGACCGGAGACGACAAGAUGGAAUGAGAAAUGAAGACGAGUGAUUGAGGAGUGGAUCAGAGAAUCGGAACUGGGAUUGCUUGUGGGAAGGAAUCAGUCUGCAUCUACAUUCGGUGUUGUUUCGGAACUCAACUGGACGCUCUGUUCUUCCUCCAUCCUAAAGUUCUACCUGAGCGUUCCUCCAGGUGUGAGAUGUUCAGGUCGUUUCAUGCCAAAUGCCCUUUGAACGGACCAGGUCAGGCCAGCUGAGCUGCUUUCUCUUGGACGUACGUCUCUUUGGUUGGUCAGCCCUGGUCAGUUCCUCUGCUGACCAUGGGGAACUACAGCUCUGCCCUGUAUGCUGAGGUGGAAGAUUUUAAAGCGAUCGUCUCCUCCCCAGAGAACGUGACCCCUGACCGCCACACGCUGGAGGACUCCCCCAUAAAUAAUUGUGUCAGCGGCGCUGAUGAGCCAGCAGUUUGGAAUCAGAAUGAACCGGACAUUUCUGUGCUCAAAUUUCUCCACAACUUUCCAGAGCCGUGCAGAGAAAACACAGAGUCUGAUGUUGCUGCGGUUGCUGCAUCUUCUGCAGGUUCAUCUAGAACAGACAUGAAACCCAAACUCACGCCACGCGGCCCACCCACUCUAGAGCGGCUCAGAGACGAGAUACAGGACAUGAGAGGAGAACUGGAGGUGCUGAAGAGUCAACACAAGAGAGACCUUAAACUGAUGAUGACCGAACUGGACGAAGAGAAGAAAAUGCGCCUGUCACUGGAGGUGGAGGUAGAUCGUCUGAAGAGACACAUGUCCAAAUGAUGUGGACAGGACAAACUUUGACUGCCCUCUGACCCGCCCGAGUAACAGACACUAAGGGGGUGGCCUUUAAGACGAACUGUGUUUGAAGCUCGCAGAGCCACAGACGAGGGUUCUAGGGUUCUGCAGCCGAUAUCGGGUCAAGCUCGGCUGUAACCCUGUCUGUGGAUGACGACCGCGCUGGCGUUAUACGACCUGCACCGUGUAUAUAUGGUAUCGGUCAGAGGUUCGGACCUGCCUGCCUGAAUGAACAGGUUUAUGAUCUCAAAGACAUUUUCAUCUAAAGGCUUAUAGGUUCCCUGAGUUCUAGAUAUUAACCACGUAACUCUGAGGCAGAAAGCCUAAAGUGCUUUUGUUGUUUUUGGAGCGUGUUUUCCGCAUCACAUUUAAAACGGGCAUUUAUUUUUCAAAAAACGAUAAAAUUUCUCAGUUUCUACGUCGGGCAGCACAGAUGUGUGGGGGGUAGCGAGAAGGGCCUGGUGUUGGGAAUGCGAGAGGUUAAUGCUUUGGGAAUGUUCUGCAUUAUGGAUAUUGUGGUGCAUGUAGUAGUCGUCGCCGGGUGCUGCAGCCUCGAACAGCACGUAAACGUUCCUCUCCCGCUCCUCUGCUCCUUUCUCUUUUAUUUAACACGGCCACUUGUUUAUGUUUGUGUUAUGCCUAAACUGUCUGCAAUAAACGGCCAGUACCUCGAGGUAA